AUGGCGGACGUCAAGGCCGAGGACAAGCCUGUGGAUGACCACAGCGCCGAGAACAACAGCGUCGCGGACGAUGACGGUCACGAUGAGGAGGAGAUCUCGGCGAUGAAGCGACGGGUUGCCGAGAUGGAAGAGGAGGCCGCCAAGCUGCGCGAGAUGCAGGCGAGCCUCGACCAACAAAGUCGGGAGCUAUCAGAGAACAAGGAGGAUAUUGACAGCCGCAGCAUCUUUGUCGGAAACGUCGACUAUUCUGCUUCCCCCGAGGAGAUCCAGGCUCACUUCCAAAGCUGCGGUUCCAUCAACCGCGUCACCAUCCUGUUGGACAAGUUCACCGGGCAGCCCAAGGGAUACGCCUACGUCGAGUUCACCGAGCCGAGCCUUGUUGCCCAAGCUCUUGUGCUGAACGAGAGUGUCUUCAAGGGCCGCAAUAUCAAGGUCGUCCCCAAGCGCACCAACGUCCCGGGUAUGUCCCGUGGUCGCGGGCGUGGCGGGUUCCGCGGGGGUCGCGGCGGCUUUGGCGGGCGUGGAGGACAUGCUCCCAGAGGCGGCGGCUAUAGGGGAGGCUACCGUGGCCGGGGAAGAGGAGGAUACUCUCCUUACUAG